CCCGGCCCGGCCGUGCCCGCCCCGUACCGGCACCCGCCCGGGAGUGCGUCUGCGGUGCCGCGGGUUGCUGUGAGGACGGGGCGCUGCAGGUGGGCUCUGAGCCCGCCCUGUCGCUCUCCGCCGGGGCGGGCUAAUUCCAAGUAACCUGUGUGCACAGCUGAAAGCCUCAGGAGGAGCUCAGCAGGAUGAAGCCUGUCAUUGUGGUGCAUGGUGGAGCUGGCCGGAUCUUUAAAGAGCGAGAAGAGGGAAGUCGUGCUGGUGUUGUCAGAGCUGCGCUCCGAGGUUAUGGCAUCCUGAAACAGGGAGGCAGCGCAUUGGAUGCAGUUGAGGAGGCAGUGCGAUCAAUGGAAGAUGAUCCUCAUUUUAAUGCAGGCUGUGGAUCUGUUCUAAAUGAAAAAGGUGAAGUUGAAAUGGAUGCCAUUAUCAUGGAUGGAAAAAAUUUAGACUCUGGAGCAGUGGCUGCAGUUAAAUGUAUAGCAAACCCAAUAAAACUUGCUCGACUUGUCAUGGAAAAGACGAAGCACAUGCUGCUGACUGACCAUGGUGCACGCCUGUUUGCUCAGGCCAUGGGUGUUCCUGAGACUCCAGGGGAGAAACUCAUAACCCAGAGAUCCCGAGAGAGAUGGAAGAAGAACCUCGAGCCAGAUUCCAAUCCUGAAGAGUUUCAGAAGGACCUUGGAACAGUCGGUGCUGUUGCUAUAGACUGUGAAGGAAAUGUAGCUUGUGCAACAUCCACUGGAGGACUCUCUAAUAAACUGAUUGGCCGUGUUGGUGACACAGCAUGCAUAGGAAGUGGAGGUUAUGCUGAUAACCGUUCUGGUGCAGCUUCAACCACAGGACAUGGGGAGAGCAUUAUGAAAGUGGUCUUAGCCCGACUGAUCCUCCAUCACGUCGAGCAAGGAAUGUCACCAGAGAUGGCUGCUGACACUGCGUUAGACUACAUGAAGACUCGAGUUGGGGGCCUGGGGGGUGUCAUUGUUGUUAAUAGUUCAGGAGAAUGGGCAGCAAGGUUCUCCACCAAGCAGAUGUCCUGGGCUACUGUAAAGGAUGACCAGCUGCAUUAUGGGAUUUAUGCUGGGGAAAGGCAUACGAAAUCUGUUGAUGAAGCACUUAUAUCUGAAAGCGGGUGAUUCUGAGAAUGAAGAAACUGGCUGAGGAAGAGUAAGAUCUCCAGCUUUUGCUGAAGGACAAUGACAGUUGAUGUAAUGUUUCUGAAAGAUCUGUACCCUUUUGUUUGAUUCACAGCCAUUGGCGCAUUUACAGUUAGAAUUAAAUCUGGACAUAGUCCUUCAGUGGUCAUGGAGAUGUGUAUAGUGUUUAGUAAUACCUUUGGGAAGUCAGGAGAUCUGCUUUUCUAGAUAAGAAAGAGAAUGAUCAGUAGGCUUCUUGGUUUGCCUUAUUGCACUAAAGGGAGCCUUGAGUUUCAGUAUUACAGGAACUUCUUUGCAUGCCCAUUCUCAAUGACUGCUGCCAGGAUGAUUUGCGAGAUUAAUGCUUAUUAAUUAACAACUGAAUUUUGAAAAUUGCAAUGCGCUCCAGAGUCUUUUGAGCAGUCAUCCAAUGAUAACAAGAUGAUAACGGUCAGUUGAAAUACCACCAAAAAGCAGUGAACAGUUAAGACUACGUCAUUGUCACAGGCUUGAGGUAAAUGUCAGGGGAAAUAAUAAUAAAUAAUAAGUAGACAGAAUAAUAAUAAUACUAAUAAGUAAAGAGAAUAUUUUUUUUCCAGAGAUGGGAAAUGUGAUGCUUUCUAAGGAGUGACCUACUCCAUGCUUUGUUCCAUGGUUUAACAGCUGUUGCAAAUGACAGUGUGGACAGUGAUGGUUCAAGAGUAUAUGGCUCAUGCAAAACGUAACCAUGUGGUGUACUGUGUUCCACAGGAGAUCAUGUAGGAAAUGGCUACUGCCUGAUCAUCAGGAGUUCGUGAAACAAUGGCAGUAUUUAGGAUGUGCUUAUCUGUAGAGAAGUGGUCUCACUGAGUAAAAAUUAACUUGUAUCCCCCUCUGAGCACGAAAUACCAGUCUUACAGGGCCAGGUUGUUGACUGGCAGAAAAAGGAGUAUAGUCUUAGCUUCAUCAUCAAGAAUAACAAGCCACCCAGGUUUUUGUGGUCAAGGAUCAGCUUUGUUUACCUCACCUGUCCCUAGUGCAAGAUCAAAUUCAGGACAGGCAAUAGUAAAUAUGAUCUCCACAAGUUCUUCCAAAUUUCACUUUGCAGCAUUGUUUUCAUGGAAUGGAUUCUUUUUCAUUAAAAAAAUCAUUGAGCAAACUUGAAGGAUGCUUUUUGGAGCUAAAUGGUGAUGCAUAGGGGUGGAUGUAGGCUGUACACAAAGAAGGAGAAUACAAAUAUCUUGGUUUAUGCUUGCUUUAUCAGAUUAAAGAGUAUAGAGGGCACGUUCCUAGUAACUGUUCCUUUGCGUGGAGCAGCUGGAGGGAGGAACAUUUAAGCUACUGCGACCGACACCUGGUGUAUGGCCUUUGUGGAGCUCUGGUUUUGCUACGUGCCCUCAGUGGAUGUGAGCCCGUUCGGUCCCGCUCCAAGGUGAGCAGAACCCCAGUGCUGGUUGGUGCAGCAGCGAGCGUUCAGUAACGUUCCCGAUGGGUGGGUUGGCACCAGGCUCACCCAGACAGUUGGCUCGUGGUUAGCUUUGAGCAAGCUCACAUCUGCCCAGGAGGUACUGUCGGCCACAGUAGCAGUGCAGAUAUCAUCUCAGGGCUUUCAGAAGGAACAGUAAAUGGUUACCGUGCUUAAUUCACCUCAGUUGUUCUCCAGGAUACCAUGUAAUAAAUUGCUGGCACUUAACAUGAGAGCAUUAUCCUACAUAGGUUCCUCUAUCGCUUAUCACCAGACUAGCUGGGCACCUUCCAGCAGUGCAUUAGGCAGCGUGGCUACCAUCUGCUCUGUAUGACUUGCUCUGUCUCACCCGCUCCUUGGUAGCAUGUUCUAUGUUCCUUUCUUGGGAAAAAGUACCUGGUUUUUAAAAACACAUGUAGUGUUGUGCCUUUCCUGUUCCGGCAGGGCUGGGAAUGGGGAGCUGUGCCUCGCACGUGGAUUGACCAUGUUUGACAGUCCUCAGGCUGGAGUUUGCUCCGGGGUUGGAAUGAUGGUGGUUCAGGCAAAGCAGCCAGGGCUCCCUCCUUCCCUCCCAGCCUGUGGGCCCAGCCCACGCUCCACAGAAACCUGUGUGGUUCCCCCGCCCCGCACUCUGCUGGGACAGUGCUCCCUUUCGCAUAAGGGGGGGUGAUAGCAAGUGGUGGGGGGGGGCAGACCCAACUUGGAGAGAAGCUGGAGAACUGAGGAUGAAACGGUUGUUUUCCUCCCUCUCUCUUUGCCCUUUCUGCUGGAACAGGAUGGGACUUCUGAUGAUAUGAGAAGUAGUGCUAUGCAACACCAGCAACCUAAUGUUUUCAUGUGCUUACAUGUCCCCUGACCUUUCUGAAUACUGAGGAACUACCCUUUAUGAGGACUUUAAGGUUUACCAGCUUUUAUAAGAGUAGUUGAAAGAGGCUGAACUCCAGGGAGAUCCCAGAGGCAGGACAGGCAGUUGUGUGCCACAGCCGUGACUGGCCGGAAAUGAACUUCUCCAAAUGGCGCUGACCUGGAUAUCAAAGAAGGAAAUUAGAGGUCUCUUGCCAAGAAACUGAGUGUCCUUGGCACGUAGCAAAGCAGCAAGAGAGUUUUAAUUAUGUAAUUAACGUGUAGCAUCCCGUUAUUUUCUAUCAUUUAGAAAGCCAGUGGUGGCUGCUGCCGGUUCCCUCCCGCCCCGUGGAGGGGCCCGUGGCCCGCGCUGGGCACCCACUGGGGCAGCAGCUUCGCUCGUGUACCCGUAGUUCUGUGUGGGUUUCCCUUCUUAAUCUUUGCAAGUUACAAGUAAUUAAAAGUUGUUCCAUGGGACAUCAGUGUUUGGAAAUUUGGGGUUAUUUUUUUUCAGUGUUGUGCUUUGUGCUGCGGUUUAGCUCCGUGUCUCUGGGGUGCUUGUCACUCACUUUGAGAUCUGGCCUGGCAAAGUUUAAUGGCAUUUGCUGUUUCGCUUCUUUCUCUUCUGGUCUGCUUUUCCUUUGAUAUGCUCUGAUAAAUAUUUGCUGUGGGAGAGAUUUCCACCGUGGUUGCGUCAGUACAAAUGAAGAGCAGAGUCGCUGCGCUCCGUGAUUCCCCUCCAGGAGGUGACACAGGUGGGCUCUGCCAGGAGGAGAACAGCCUCUGCUGGGAGGGAGAGCCUGCGGCCGGGGGUGGCUGGGCCAGGCUGGGCUCUGGGCUCCAGCAGUGUCAGGGUGAAGACGGUGCCCGGGGAAAUGGUGAAAUAAAGAAGCAUCAAAUGGUUCACAUAAAAGAAUACUGAGGUCGCACAGACUGGGGGAGCAGAGAGUCACUGUGGUUUAGAGGUGUAAACCACAAAGGAGGGGAAUCUCAUUUUCCUUUCUGUGCAGUCCUUAACGCUCGGUUUGCUGGGGGCAUGUAGCUACCCCACAACCUUUGUGCAAUUGAGUUUGCCAGAUCUGGUCACAUGUGCUUUAACUUCAAUUAUUUCUAACGUUCUGUCCUUUUGACCUUUAAAAUUCUCCUUGGUUGGAGUGAGACUUGUUUGCUUGCGGCUCCUCCCCGAGUCCUUUUCUGGGGUUACGAUGCCACCUGCACGGGCUUUAGCUCCAGCCCUGCACUUCUGCCCCUUUACUGCUAGGGCUUUCCUCCACCUUGAGCCGUGUCGAUGUGUGGUAGCACGGAGCUUAUGAAAUGCUGUGCUGCGUCCGGGCUGCCCGGCUCUGCCCGGCGCUCGGCAGCACGGCAGGCUGCCUGCUGAGCAACCCGGCUGCCCGACAGCAUCGCCCCCUCACCUCUGCCUCCCCACCAAGAAUAGUGCCUGUUUCCAGCUUUGUCUAGGUUUGGGUGUAGCUGCCACUUGCCUGCCGCAGCCUGUGCUAACAACUGUAUUACGGCAGCACCGCGAGGGCUGACUAAUAGGGGAGACAAAGCCCAGGGCUGUUAGAGGUGCUGGGCUCAUUUCUGCAGGUAAUAAUGACUGUAAAAAACACGUACCAAUAAAUAUGGACCCUAUUGUUUUAACACUUGCUUUUCCUUGGCAGUUUCAAAUUGUCCACUCAUAAGCGGUUUCUAGAAUAGUUCACAAACUGCUUCUCUUUUGGGCUGGAAAAGUGCAGGAUUUGCUGGUCUGUGGCAACUCUCAUCCUCUGUACGUGGAACUUUUUUCCUGCAUGGAAGGGAGAUACAGCCAGGAUUUCUCUCCUUUCCUAUAUCGCAGAAGAUAAUUUGUCAUGUUGUUGGUUGGGUGGGGUUUUUAUUGGUUUGGUUUGGUUUUUCUAUUUUGAUUUAAAAAAAAAAAAGCUGGAAAAGGUUAUUGUAGCUUCAUUCAGGUGUUUUUACCUACCUUUUGUCUCACCUCAGGUAACCCUUCUGAGAUCCUUGGGAAUGAGUGCAGCUCAGCUGAGCCUCUAGUAAGAUAAUCACUCAAAAACGAGGCUAUUAGGGAAAAUGACUGGAAUGUGAAACCCAGCACGUUUUCAAGUAUUCUAAGCAUUAAGGAAUCACAAUUACUGCCUAGUCUUACUUCCUAAAUAAACAGGCCAUAGGUCCUUCUCUCUGAUUCUGCAUUAAGCAAAUUACUUCUGUUGAAGUCUGGUCAGUUCCUGCCACAGACAGAAUGAGAAUGAAGAUGCUCUUUGAGAGAAAAAAACGGAACCAUUUUUUAGAUAAUUCUGUUUUAACACAUUUAAGAGAAAAGAAAGAGGAAGGAAAAAAAGAAGGUAUGAUGGUGGCAGAUGCCCCGGUGGCUUCUGUGCUGGAAGUCUCCAUGGGGCGAGGGCGGCUGCUAGCAAAUAGACUUGCCAUUUCAGAUCUGAAGAUGCAUGGCGUGUAUUUUCCUGGAGACAAACCUCCAGAAGUCCUGCAUGUAGCGGUAAUAUUUAUACAAUUCAGGUCUUCAGAGAAGCACACAGAAGCUGUGAACUGAUCUGCACCACUCUUCAGUGGAGUUUAUUAUAUUUGAACUGGUUUAUCUCCAGUGAGCAUGCAGGGAGAUUAAACGCUACUCUGGAGCCACAAAACACAUCUGAGGCAGGGCCAAGUUUAGAAUAUUGAUUUCUGGCCUCCGCAGUCCCAGACUCCGUUCACUACAUUAUGUUGUUUUUACAGGUAGCGUUUAGACAAAUAGAUCUUGACAUAUCAAAAGCUCAGUAGCCUCUCAGUAAAUUGAGCAGGGCUUUAGCUGUUCGAUUCCUGUGAUUUGUGCGUGCCUCACGCUCGGUCCUGGUGAUCUCAGUAGCUCGUGUGUGUUUGCAGUGAAACCCACUUGUAUCCUGAAGCAGACUGGACUGUGUUUUUCUCUUAGACUAGAAAUAAGCCUAAUUAUGAUACGUGUUUUUUCUUGUCAGAUUUAGAUCUGCAAAUACCUUACUUUAAAGAAAUUCUGCUUCAGUCCUCUUUGAAAAAAACCCCGAAACACAUUGGUGGAGAUUCUCAGUCCGAACCAAUGGCAGCUGGUCACUUGCUCUGAUUUCUUGUUUGAGUAUGAAAUGAGAAAAAUGGGAACCCCCAGAGCCACUUUUCCACCUUUCUGAACUCCAGGUCUCUCAUCUGCAGCCAACAAAGGACCCUGCUCACCCUGGCCGAGCCUGCGUGAAGUCUGGCAGCCCUACAGACUGCACUGGCGUCUCAAACACGGCCAGUUAUCUAACAGCCUUCUCCACCCUUCUUUGUUACUCGAUGCACGAUGUCAUUUGUCAGAGCGCCAAUACUGGAGACAUGCUGAAUAUGUGAAUACCAAGGAAGUGGUUUCCUUAGCAAUAACAGGCAUGUGAAAGUCAAAACUUCCUUUCCUCCUCAUGUGACCUUUUUCAAAGCAAUUCAGCCCCUGGGACAAUAGGAGUGAAUUCCAGGCACCCGCAGUGUUCCUGCGCUGCCGGGCAAGGAUCUGCCAAACGGCCAACUUAUCUUACCUUUUUGUUAAGGUAACAUUCAUUUCUCCUUAGAUGUUCCCCACUAGGGAUUUGGUGUGUUUAUGUGCACGGCAUAGUGUUUCCUGAAAGCAAAAUGACCUAACACCAUAGAAACAAAUACACAGAAGGUAAGUCGUUUUCUUGCCAUUGGGGAACAAAACUUUUUUAAUGCAUAAAAUCCAAAGCCCUCUCUGUUAAGAGGAAAUAGGGGCGUGAAAACUCUUACCAGCGUGUUUUAAUGGCUGGGCCUCCCUCAUAGCAUUUUGCCUAUUUCAUAUAAGGUGAAAAUCACUCCUUAUGAGAAUUCCUAAGGAAAUAAAAAGAGAGAGAGGGAGAUGAUUUACAAAGGCAAACAAGUGGAAGAUGACAUUCAUCUCGCCCAUCCCGCACAGAAGUGCAGGAUCAGUCUUCUGUUGCUGUUUUUACCCCAAAUAUUUGGUACAGCCUUUCCUCAUCCGUAAGGAGACAGCAGCGAUACCCUGAAGUACUUACACAAAGCUGCCUGUCCAAGAAUCCUGAAGUAUUUUCUAAAAGCAGCCACUAAAUUUAAACCUGAGCUUCCUAUUGAGUUAGGGAACUAUUCUCCCCAUUUUUCCAGCUGGGGAGGUGAUACAGCAGGUAGUUGUGAAAAGGGCAGAGAAAAUGCUGGAAUGCUGGAAAUGGUAAUUUCAGCAUCCUUUCUGUACCGCGGCGUGUGAGAGACAGGUUUGGCUUUCAGGAGCUCAGGGAAGGCUCUGGUGCUGGAGUUCUCCCCAGCUCCGGUGUUUCUGGGCUGCCCGCACACAGCCCCCCUCUCGCUGCCCUCCUGCCCACCCGCAAGGCCUGCGUUCAAGUCCCUGGUAAUUAGCAGAGAAGGGAUUCUCCAGUUCUCAGGGAUCGCUGCCUAUCAUCUUGGUUUUUGUCACACAUCUGUGGUUUGCUUGGCUUUUUUUUUUCCCCUUGAUUUCAGCAUUUUAAACUCUAGAGGACCAGAAGUUUUCAGAAGUGGACUGUGCAAUGUGGAUAGCCAAGUCUGGAGCUGGUUCCACCAGGCAGGAGAAUAAAUUUGACAGGAGCCGGUUCCUCUGCAGCUUUCUGUGAAUCUGGGGAAGGGAUGUACCAUGGAUUUGGAGUCUUAAUGUCUGGAGGAAAAUAGGCAAGCCAUCUGCUCCCACAGGCGCCGGCACAUCGGUGCUUUGUGCCAGUUACACCAAGGCAAACCUUACUGUCUGGCCAAGCGUUCAUGUCCAAGAGUGUGUAAGCACCUGCGGGGAGUUGCUGUAUGAGAUCCCACUCCGCUCUUGGCAAAAUGUCACACCAAGCCUGUUCACAUUUAGUGCCAGGAGCUAUGCAAACACUGUGCAGUGUUCCUGUGGUUUCUGACGGUGGACUAUCGCUUGGCUAAGAAUUUCAGAGUUUGCCGUGUUAUCAGGCACUUCCCGAGGAUCAGAUGCUGCAGGGAAUCUCUUAACCUGGAGGAGCAGCCCUGAGAGGUGUCCCUGCUCAAGGGGGUUCCUGGCAUGCAGCUGCUGCUCCACGGGAGAGUUCCAGUGACUCUGGGGCUGUUCUGGGGGGUGAGAUGAUUGACACAUUUGCAUAUUGGCCAUAGUACCAGUAUUGUGGUUAGGUGGGUGCAUUGCGCAACUUAGCCCUCGGCUGUUGUGUUGUUAUCUGUCUCCCUGAAAGCACCUUUGAGCCCCGGAUGCCGCCAUCACGAGUAGAUGCCCCCACUACGACCACCACGCGUGGUUAUCACUUGGGCAGAGUUACAGGAGACGAAGCUCAGGGUGGUGCCCAGGGGGUGGUGGGCCCACCGUCACGCAGCUCUGGCUGACACCUCAGCUCCCUCAGACACCACCGGCCUCCACCAUCUGGGCGUCUUGGCGUCGGCACACAAGGUGUUCGAACGCAUCUCAAAGGCCGGGGGUCUGCAGCAGGCUGGCCGUGGGGAGAGCGCAGGGCACCGACCACCCCAGACUCCAGGACGAAGCACAGACUGGUGCAAAAAACACAAGAGCAGCAAAAAAAAAUAAAAAAAAAAAAAGCGAGAGAUGAGAGAGGACUCUGCCUGGGGCUUGGAGUCUCAGAGGAGCAGAGAUGGCAAGGGAGACUGGCACCAAGCUGCCUGCGUCUGGCUACAGCAUUAACUGCUGGGGAUCUGGGAAUCGUUUUCCUGUCAAGGACUAAUUUGAACAUACAGGCUCAGCACAUUAUAAUUACCCAGCACAGAGCAGGCUACAAGAUGUGUGUCGUGCUGUGGGACCAGGCACUAUUUCCAGCCAUCCCACAGAAAUGUCAAUAGGAUGAUACUCUUGACUACAUGUUGCUAAUUAAUAGUUUUUUUCAUCCUGAUGUCCUUUGUUCAUGUUAAGACAGGUUUUAUUUCUCUUUAUGUGUCAUUUAGCUCAAUAAAUCUAUUUGAAAAA